AUUGUCGUGUGUCAGUUGAGCGUACAUUUUUUCGUUAUUUUACCAAGUCUAUUUUUCUAAUUGAAAGACGUGAGCAUUUGCACCUCAAAUAUACAUCAUAUAUUAAGUUUCUUAAACCAGCAUCGACAUAUUCCUUUAAAAUUAAGUUCUGGCGUUUCAUAAAAUAUUGUUGCUCGUAUCGUAAAAUGCUUAGCUUAAAACGAGCGAUAAAUUGCAACUUGACGUAUACCCUCAAUAACCCUGUAAUUUGGAUGGCAUUCGGAUCCCGAAAAGUUCUGAAUAAAAAAAGUUGGAUUUUUAACAAUUGCUCCCUGACCAGCGCAGUAAACACGUUUCGGAGCCGCCGUUGGCGCGUCGGCGCAGAGCAGACCGCGGCUUUCCCGCCACUUCUCACAACUACACUUGCACUUCGUCUGCAAACACACAAAGCGUAGCGUCGGAGUCGUUCCCUUUAAUCCCUUUAAUUUUCUUGUAAAUUUUUUAAUUUUACCAACUAUUACUCCGGAGAUGCCAGUAGUUCGUAUUUUCCCAUGACGUUAAGAUGAAACCAUCUAACAAACGGAUCAGAGUGACUAAGGAAUCUACUAUCGAUGACAUUGCUACUUCUUGUGCUGGCAUUGCUAAGACAAUAGGCGCUAUUGGAAAAGCUCACACCUGCUUAUUGAAAACCAACAAAGUCAUUAUCAAACAUUUGUUGUCACUUGAAGAAGAAAAAAAGAAAUUGAAUUAUAGCCAAAUAGGACAAUCAUCUCAAGAAGCUGACGACGAAUCCUCAGACAAAUCUACAGAAGAAACUGCUGCAUCAUUAGCAACUCAAUAGAAGGCAGCAACAGAGUUUCAGGUAGCGGGCGAAAAAGAAAAACAAAAAGGCAUCAAAAUGAACCAGGACUACUCGAAAGCUGUUUCAUUUACGAACAGCUACUUUGCCCUUGCUGAUGGACUCGUCACUGGUCUGGAAAACUGCUUAGCCGAAAAUGUCGUAUUGGAUUGGUUCGGUAAAACAAUCAAGGGAAGAACUAAUGUUGCUGCUUUUAUGAACAAACACAAGGUCCAUUCGAGACACGUCUUCAACGACAUCAGUCCGACAGACAGCAUUGGCUAUAACAAAAAACCAACUCGUCGAAGCCGUAGACGAACGUCCAGAAACUCGAACAGCUUUCUAAACUCCAGUGGCAAUAUCGUAAUCGAGAACCGAUUGAACUCUAUCACUACUCCGGAAAAUGAAACCGUCUCCAACGGCGAUAGAUCUCGAUCUUCCAGAAAAAUGGACUCGGAGGGAAAUCACGUAAAGGAAAGUGAUAUUACUAUCGAGCUGCACGAUGACGACGUCAGUACGCUUUUUAAACUGGAGAACAUCAAGUCAACGAACGUCGAGGAAAUCGAGGCUAAAAUUAGCCAGAUUAGCUUGGAGGAUAAAUUGAAAAAGAAGUCACCGAAAAAACGGGAGUACGAGGAAGUUGACGGACGCGGAAACAUAAGCGUAUUGGAGUCGUCAAUGAAAUACGUGGAAGCGCAUGGUGAAAUUCUAUUUUCCAAGAAGUCCCGCAGACAAAGUGACUGGAGUGAGUGCAAGUUAAUUUUAUCGAGUUCAACGCAUACGUGGAGGAAACCCAGUAAACUGCAGAUCGCUUAUUCUUCGCAGCGAAUUAGUUUACCGCAAAUGAGAUCUUCAAAUAACAACACCAUUCAACUCGAAUCAUCCUCGAGUCUCGAUCAAGUAAAUGAACUCUGCAAUAACUUGAUCCCAAAUAGUAAUAAAUUUGGAGGGUAUCUUAGAAACAUCAAUCGCGCCAAGGAAGAAAAUGCAUUUUUGAAGAGUCUCGAUGAGCAUUUAUCAAGAAAUGAAGCGAAUAAGUUAGGUUUAUCACCGAAAAACUUCAGCGGACAAUUGGUUUUUCAAAAGACAAAUAGUGAUGAUGAAGAAGACUCCCUGGAUAGCUUUAUAUUCAAUCACUUGAUUCAUGUGAUUAUUUAUGAAGGUAGAAGUCGAUGCAGGAUGAAUUUGUCUCAAAAAUUUAUCUAGCUCGUAUUAUUUUAAGCGGAAAAGCAGAAAGAAUCUUUUAGUAUAGGAUUGAUUUUAUCCUUUUUGGAUGUUUAUUAGUAAGAUUUACAUAGUUAUUUUAAUUAUUCUUUACAGUAGGGAACAAAAUUACCUCGCUUCAAUAUAUCAAAAUGAAACGCGUUAUAUAUACGUUUCAUUUACUUUUAUUAUUAAUACUGGCUAACCAAAAAAGUAUGAGUAAUGAUCAAAAAGUUCUUAAAAUUCAACAGUAUUGUAUUUUAAAUUCUAUAUUUCGUACUAGUAUUUUUGUACUCAAUAUUUUGUUUUAAUUAGUGCUAUUAGCAACAUUUACUGUGAAACAUAAGUUUUUGGAUUCUUCCAGAGAUUAUAGACUGUUAGUUAGAAUAACAGUUAGAAGCACGCUCAAUCAAGUGUUUUUCGAUCAAAACAGGUAUAAAUAUUCGUCUUAAAGAAUUAUUAUUGCAAAUAUACCCUUAUUAAAUAUUGGACUUAGUAGUGUAAAAAGUAUUCAAUGAUCUGAUCGUUGUAUUAAGGAGCUCUCUUCCUCAUAAAAGUGCCUUAUAAAUGUAUAUUAAGAACGAAUUUUCAAGUAUUCGAUAGUAUUAUUCAAGUAUCAAAUACAUCACAUUAUUCGAUUUUGUAAAUGUUAACGCAUAUAGCAGUGGUAUGUGUAUGUAAUUCAUAUAUUUAAAGUUAUAUCUAAAAUACAUUUAUCAAUAGUUAUAGUAAUAAACUACGCCGUAGUCAAUA